CUCGUUUGCAAGCAUACGGUUCGAAGAAAAAAAAACGCUGCGACAUCCAACCAACUUCACACAGCAGUUAUACCCCCCGCUCGAAACCCCACUCAACUAUUACUUCACAGCGAUGUCGAAAACGAAAGUUGGCGGCGACCAAAAACGCAAGGCGGAGCGUAAGGCUGCAAAAGCUGCGGCGAACGCGGCCAACGGUGCAGCAGAUGUGGAUGCUAAGAUGACCGAUGCUGGGUCAGAAUUGAAGAAGGAGAAGAAGGAGAAGAAGGAGAAGAAGGACACGGCCGAGAAGAAAGAGAAGAAAGAGAAGAAGGAGAAGAAGGAGAGGGAUGAAGAUUCCGAGGAGAAGAAGGAGAGGAAGGCAAAGCGGAAGGAAAAGAAACGGCAAGAGGAGGAAUCCAACGAGACCGAAUCCACAUCGCCCAACCCCACCGCGGACGACGACGACACCGAAGAAUCGCCCCCCAAAAAGCGAAAACGCGAUGCCGCCGAAGGCGAUCUCGAGAUCGACGUCAGUCUUCCGCAGCCGCCGUCGAAAAAGGCUCUUCGAAAACUCAAGAAGCACCCCGAACUCGCCCCAAAGAUUCUCAAGCCCACUCCUUCCAAUGCGCCCAAAGCUGAAAUCGACAAAUCCACCUUCCCCGAGCACUCCUCACAAGUGCGCUCCAAGCACGGUGUCUGGAUCGGCAAUCUUGCUUUCUCCACCACUGCCGACACGCUGCGCGACUUCAUUGCACUCAAGCCCGAGGAUGUCACUAGAGUCAACUUGCCUACGGAUGAGAGGGGAAGAAACAAGGGUUUCGCAUAUAUCGACUUUGAUAGCGAGGACGCACUCGACCAUGCACUCAAACUUUCCGAAGCACUACUUGGGGGCCGAAAGGUACUGAUCAAGAACUCGAAAGACUUCUCGAAGCGUCCAGCUUCCGCUCCCGCCCCUCCGAAGAACGGCGCAAAUAUUGAUAAGAACCCGCCGUCUCGCAUUCUCUACGUCGGUAAUCUUGACUUCAGCACUACUGCUGAGGCCCUGCAAGAACACUUUGAGUUCGCGGGCAAGAUCCAGCGUGUGAGGUUGGCGACUUUCGAGGACUCGGGGAAAUGCAAGGGUUUUGGCUUUGUCGAUUUCCUUGACAUCGAGAGCGUUCGCCGCGCCAUGUUGGGCCUGACAGCCGAAGAGGAGGGAACGAUGAAUGAACUCGAGGGUAAGGCUGAGGUUGAGUUGGCCUCAAGGAGGAAAAGGAGGGCGAUGCUCAUCGGAAGGACCAUUACCAUGGAGUAUGGGCAAGACCCUUCUGUGAGAUACAAGAAGCGGUUCGGAGGCAAGGAUAGGGAAGGCGGUGAUGAAGAGGGUGGAAGUGCUGUGCCGAGGAAAAAGGAAUGGAAGGACACCCGCUCUACAGAUGCUGGCGCCGCAUACUCGAGCGACGUCAGGCGGACGGGAGCCAUCACGGCUGGAGAGGGAAAGAAGAUGACGUUCGCCGAGUAGAUGGGUGGAUGUUUAUGGAGGUAUUUGUGUGUAAAGCACCAAGAUGCAAAUUAAUGCCAGGGC